ACACACACGCCCACACGCAGACAGACAGAAUGGAGUUACAAAGGCGUGUUGAAACAUCUCUGGUUCAGUCUCCAGACAGGUGAGAUGUGUGUGUUCAGGUGUGUGUGUGUGCUGCUGUGUGUCACGGCGAGUGUGUGUCUGAACCUGCUGGAAAAACCAGUGAUGUUCAGUGGACCAGCAGGAAGUUUUUUUGGAUUCUCCAUCGACUUCCACUCCUUCAACAACACGUUCUUCGUUGUGAUUGGAGCUCCCAAAGCCAACACCAGCCAGCCCGGGGUCACAGAGGGAGGGGGCGUGUUUCUGUGCACCUGGUCACCUGAUGGAGCCUGUGACAUCAUCGAUUUUGACCUGACAGGUGAUGAGGAACACAGCCUCUCAGGUCUCAGGUUUCACUCCUUUAAGAGCGGGCAAUGGUUUGGAGCUUCUGUUCGCUCAGUCGGCAGCACAUACCUGCUGGCGUGUGCGCCACUCUUUCAUUGGAACGUCAACCAGAAAGAGGCAGAGUCAGGGAAAACACCUGUAGGAAACUGUCUCCUAUUGGACCAAAUGACCAGGAGCGCCACACCUUUCUCUCCCUGCAGAGGGGCCUUGAUGGAGGACGACUACACGCAGAGUAGCAACAGAAACGAUCAGCGCUACUGUGAGGUUGGCUUCAGCGCUGACAUCACCAAGGACGGUCGGUUGGUGCUUGGAGCUCCAGGAAGCUUCUACUUCCAGGGUCAGGUGAUCACAGUGGGUAUCAGUGACAUCAUCAACAGUGGACAGAGUGAUGAACCCAUCCAGUAUGUGGCUGGAAUCCACCAGUCAAAUGAGCAGGAAGGUUACGACCUUUACCGAGGUUACUCAGUGGCCAGUGGUUUGUUGACUGGAGACGCCACAACAGAUUAUGUGGUCGGGGUUCCAAAUGACAGGAACACGGCAGGAACAGUGAAUAUCUAUGACGGCAGGAUGGCCGGCUCUCUGAGAGUUCGCCAUACCUUCCUGGGGACUCAGGUGGCGUCCUACUUUGGUCACAGCGUCGCCGUGGCGGACAUCAACAGUGAUGGUCUGGACGACGUGCUGAUCGGAGCGCCUCUCUUCAUGGACAGAGUGAUGGGGCAGCUGCAGGAGAGAGGGCAGGUCCUUUUAUACCUGCAGAAGAAAAAGUCCUCCUUCUCCUCACAGCCUGACCAAUCACUGAUCGGUCAGUCGAUCUAUGGCCGGUUUGGCUCCGCCCUCUCCGUGCUGGGUGACCUGGACAUGGAUGGUUACCAAGAUGUUGCAGUUGGGGCUCCGUGGUCAGAUGGAGGUGGUGGCCAGGUGUUUAUUUACCUGGGCAACAGCAACGGCCUGUCGGCUACGCCCUCGCAAAUUAUUAACAGCCCAUUACUUAGCAGCAGGUCAGCGUUUGGAUUUUCUCUCAGGUCAGGUGUGGAUCUCGAUGGGAACGGAUAUCCAGAUCUGCUGGUUGGAGCGUGGGGUGCAGACCAAGUCUUUCUCUACAGGUCUCAGGCUGUGAUCCGGUCCAGAGUUUCUGUCUCACUGCUACCAGACUUCCUGAAUCCAGAUGUUAAACUGUGUCAUCACAAAAACACACCAGUUUCAUGUUUUGCUGUCCGAAUGUGCAUCUAUGUCUCUGGUCACAGAAUCCCUCAGCAGACAGCUCUAAGGGUGGAGAUACACCUGGAUACGAUGAAGCAGCCAAUGGCACGAAGAACUCUGCUGCUGUCAAACAAUCAGCCUCAGACGUCAAUGGAGCUGGUUGUAGAGAGGCAGGUGGGCUUGGUCUGUACCAAUCACACAGCAUACCUGAGGUCUGAAGAGGAAGUUCGGGAUAAACUGAGUCCGAUCUUCAUCACUGCUGAGAUCAGCCUCCUCAAUUCUACCCAGAAUGCUCUGCUGCAUGGUCAGACACACUCAACAGUCCAGAGCCGGCUGAUUCUGGACUGCGGGGAUGAUAACAUUUGCAUUCCUGACCUGAAGUUGAGCGCUAAACCUGUAUCAGACAGCGUGUUGAUCGGAGACGAUCAGUCCCUGUUGUUGUUGGUGUCGGCUACAAACGAUGGUGAGGGCGCGUAUGAGACCGAGCUGGUGGUCCAACUCCCUGAACACACACACUUCCAGAGCUGUCAGGGUGAAAACCGACUGGUGUGUGUUCAAAGGAAAGAAAACCAGACGGUUGUUGUCACCUGUGACCUCGGGAACCCAAUGAAACACAGACAGAAAGUCCAGACUGGUCUCCUCUUCAGCGUCGGCAACCUGGAGGAGGUGGACAAUCACAUCACCUUCAGCCUAAGAAUACGAAGUAAGAACUCUGUGAACUCCAGCAGUAACCAUGUGACAGUGAAGGUUCAGGUGAAGGCCGAGGCCACACUAGAGAUCAGAGGGGGAUCCGUCCCUCCAGACGUCCUCUUGCCCCAUCCGGACUGGCAGCCAGUAGGCAACCCUAUAAGUCUGGAGGAAGUUGGGCCACUGAUGGAGCACGUGUAUGAGAUUAGAAAUCAGGGUCCCAGUUCUGUCAACGCCCGACUGACCGUGGACUUCCCUUCUACCUGGCGACAUCACUUCCUGCUCUACGUCAUCUCCACCCCGUCAGAAGAAUCCUUGAGUUGUCAGACACUGAACACAUCAGACGUGAUGCCUUUAGAGCUCGUAGAUAACUCCAGUCUUACUGUAGUUUCUCAGCCCAUCCAGCAGGAGGAGACAAACUCAAUCGAACAAACAGUCCAUGUGAACUGCAGCAGCAGUGAGACGGGGUGUGUCCGGUUUGAGUGUGAUGUCGUGGAUUUGGGGCGGGGCUUUAGCGCUGUGGUAAAAAUCUCAGCUCGGCUAAAUUUGCACACACUCACACAGACCUCCUAUCUGAACUAUGACCUCGUUUCUUCUGCCUCUUAUGAUGUCAUCAGCGCACCAUCAAAGGUCCAACCACUGCUGCUUACAAGUGGACACACACAGGCUCAGCUCAGUGUAGUGUGGCGUCCUCCUGAUGGGGAGAAACCCGUUCCUAUUGGCUACAUCAUCCUGUCAAUCAUCUCUGGACUCCUCCUCCUCUUCCUCCUCUGCUUCAUCUUCUGGAAGCUGGGCUUCUUCAGGCGCAACAGACCCCCCACUGAUGAUGAUGAUGGUGGUGAAGACGAUGGAGAGCAGCAACUGGCUGAGGAGAGUCACAUGACUGAGUAACACGUCUUCGCCUGAAGCACAAUGUCUUACAAAAUGUUUCACUGUUGCUUUAAACGAUCAGCCCUAAAUAAUCGAGCUCAGAGAUCCUCCUGUCAGAAGCCGUCGCUCUCAGAUUAACUAAGCCAAAACUGUACAAAAGAUAUUUACAUUUUGCAUUUAAGAU